UCUUAGCGCCUCUAGUCCACCCUCAGCGCCUCCGGCGUCCCGUCCCAGGUUUGUGAUGCUUAAUGCUAAUCGAGAUAUAUACACUUAUUAGUUUCUGUCUUUCUGAUAUGUUUCUCUGCGAAUGGAUGACAUGAAUGAAUCUUUCAGAGUUUUGUUACCUUGCUGUGUUACAUCUUCUCUCUUGAGCUUGGUUACGUGCCGCCAACCCUGAUUCAGCCGUGUCCCACUGCACUCCAUCAUGGAUAGUCAUGAAUAUAGUGAGCUGGAGAGGGCGUCAGGUGACAAAAGCAUGGGUCCAAUCGUCAUUCCUUACUCGGUUUUCAAGGCCAUCACAAACAAUUUCUCUGCUGAUCAACUAAUCGGCAGUGGUGGGUUUGGAGUGGUUUACAAGGGUACGCUUCGAAAUGGUAUGAUGGUUGCUGUGAAGAAACUUCGUAAUGAACAGUUGGAGGUUCUCUCACAAAAUUUCGACAGUGAGGCCGAUUGUCUCAAAAAGGUCAAGCACAAAAAUAUAGUACGGUUUCUAGGACACUGCUCUAACACGCAAAUGGUGCCGAUGCUAUAUGAAGGAAAAGAAGUCUUGGGAGUAGAACGAGAAAAGUUAUUAUGCUUUGAGUACCUAAGUAAAGGGACCCUCGACAAGUAUUUCAAAGGUAGGAUCAAAUGCGAACCUGAGUGGUCUACGCGAUAUCAAAUAAUCAGGGGGAUAUGCGAGGGCCUGCACUAUCUUCACCGCCACCAGCAGCGCAUUAUUCAUAUGGACCUCAAACCUCAGAAUAUACUAUUGGACGAUUAUAUGGUACCUAAAAUAGCGGAUUUUGGUCUAUCCAAGCGGUUACCUGAAAGCCAAAGCCUGAUUAUUACCGAAAAACGAGCAGGAACACUGGGAUAUUUGGCACCGGAAUUCAUAAACAGAGGUGAAAUGACAUUGAAGACGGACAUAUAUAGUCUAGGGGUGCUGGAAAGUUGGAAGAACACGUUUGGUACAUCACAGAGCCAUACACUAUUAGAACAAGUAAAAGUAUGUGCUGAGAUAUGGAUAGAUUGCACGGAUGAUAACCCACUGAAGCGACCUACAAUAGGGGAUAUUAUCUGUAGGCUUAAUGGAAUAGAUAUUUCAAACUCGUCUAGCACUUCAUCAACUCUGAUAAAUGGAGUAAAUAUUUACCCUCUCGAGCUCUGCUUUCCAUUCGAGGCAGGAAAACGUAUCGAAUGCCCACUGAGCAUAGCUAACAUGACAGAUCGUUAUGUGAACUAUUGGGUUGCACCCCAGUUCCCCAAUAUGUAUACUCCUUGUAAGCACGAACUCGUGAACGAAAUCCGUACUGGAACCAACAAUCUGGACCCAAUGUCAACUGGCUCUUUCAAUGUGACAAUGCUGGAGCAACAACAACCGCCAUCAGACGCGGGCAUGUUUAAGAUAGUAAUGAUCGCCAUGGGGAGCAGGAACGACCUUAAAAAGCUGAAGUCAUCCAUAGGCGAUGAGCCUAAAAUUGAUGGCGAAUUAUUGAAGCGAGUCAAAGAGGUAGGGGGCGAGGAGCAUACAGCAAUGUUGAGGGCCGUCAUCUGCCUACCAAGUGAGGAGGGAGUGGCCCCCAAGAUCGUCUCAAGUGAGAAAUUUACGGACCUCAGAUCGAUAGACGUGCAUCUCACACAACCCUGGAUUUUGGUGGGUCAUGGCAAGCUUCUUUCGAUGUGGGACUACAAGAGGCAGGAACCAGUGGUUGCAUUGGGUGUCGUGGGGGCAACGAUAGUUUAUUCGGUUAGGUUCAUCCCUCGACGUGAUUGGUUUGUAGCCGGGGAUGAUAAUGGAUACAUUCACGUGUACUUGUGUGUUACAUGGAAAGAAGUUAAGAGUUUCCAAGCUGGAGACGGUGGUAGCUCUGAUGUCACAUCACUGGCGAUUCACCCUACCAGCCCGUACCUACUAUCUGCGUGUACAGACGGCGUGGUCAAGCUGUGGGACUGGGACAGUGGCUGGGAAUGUAUUCGAACAGUUCACUCAACUGCAGGUUUGAUGCAAGUUAAGUUUAAUCCCAAGGACACCGACACCUUUACUAGUUGUUGCGCAAAGGGUACAAUGAGAAUGGAGAUCUGGUCCAUUUAUCCUUCCGAUGAGCCUAUCGCUGCAAUAGAACAAAAUUCGUCCAGCCUCUAUGAUCACGUUUUCACCGAGGGGGAUCAGAACCAUGUGGUUAUGCUCAUCCAUGGUCUGGGUCUACAGGAAAGUUUUAUAUGGGAUCUGAAGACAAAGACACGUGUUCACACACUUCGUGGGACGAAACGGUGGGUUCGUGCACUAGCUUGCCACCCAACACUUCCGGUAAUAGCGGUAGGAAUCCAGGAGGAAGGUUCCAACCACCCAGCUGUCCGCUUCUGGAACUCGACUAACUACAGGUAA